CCCAAGCCGCAGCCCCCGGGAGGGACACGGCGCUGGGCCAGAGACGGAAUCACCGAGCGCAGGCGGAACGGGGCGCUCGGGAGCGGGACACUGAGCCGGGCUCUUUUCACGGCGGACCGGACACGCGGUUCCGGUUUUUGCCGCGGUGCCCCCUCCCCUCCGGCACGUGCCGCCCGCCCGCCGCGUGGGACUCGCCAUGCCAAAAGUACCAAAGGGCAGAGGAGGAGGGCAAGAGAAAAAAGUCAUCCAUCCUUACAGCAGAAAGGCUGCUCAGCUUACCAGAGAAGCGCACAAACAGGAAAAAAAGGAAAAGUUGAAGAAUGAAAAAGCCUUGCGUCUGAGCAUUGUAGGAGAAAAAUUGCAAUGGUUUCAAAGUCACCUUGAUCCCAGCAAAGCAGACUACACAAAGAAAGAAGCCUGUGAACUAAUUGAAAAAUAUUUGCAUCGAUUCAGUGAUGAACUGGAACAGAUUGAGUUACAUAACAGCAUUAAAGGCAGACAGGGAAGGCAGCACAGUUCCAGGGAGAUGAUCAUCAAACAGACCAUAGAGCAUGAAAGACAACUCUAUGAAGGAUAUGGGAUAGACAUUCCCGACAUUGUGAAUGGCAAACAUCUUAAAAUUUUCAGAGAAUGGGAUGGUGAUCUGAAGAAACUGCCAAACAUUAAAAUGAGAAAAGUCUCUACUAAAGAUGCUGUUUGCAGUAGGACAGCGGUGGCAAAUGGGGAAGCUGAAGAGGAAUUAGAUGCAGCAAAAGACACAGACUAAUGAGCACCAGCCGAUACAAAAGGUGAAACAGCUGAAAGGGACUGCCAGGAACCUAUUUGAACUAUCACUGGAAGCAAGAAUAAAGCGGGUAUUUUCAAUUAUAUUUGAGAAGACUUGGCUGGUUGAAUAUUUGAUUAGUUGGUUGUGCUUCAUCCUGGCCUUAAGUUAUGGAGUGAAAUUUCAGCAAGCAGCAUGUUAGAUUCAGUGUGGUGCUUACCUGUGGCCUCUAAGUUAAGCUAAAAUGGUACUAAAUAUGUGACUUAAAUCUAUCCCCCGAGGCACCAGCUCCAGAUUUUCUUUACUGAGCCAGCAACUAGGCCCUCAGCAAAUUGUGCAUUUGCAGAUGGUGGCUGAUGCUCAGGUAAUGGCUUAGAGAAGCAGGCUUUCAUACAGCCUUAUGUUAACACACUUGAAAAAAACGUCAAAAAUUGGAGGAAGGCUUCCUGUAAAGCAUCCCUCCACCUCCCUUUGUGCCUAAUUUGGACCCAUCUUUCAGGAAAGCCCUUGUCAGACUUGAGAAGAAGCAAAGGAGAGAACAGUAGGAAGAAUCUCCUUCUCUACCCCCUUCCUUUGAGAGCACAGGCCCUGGCCUGUAACUAAGAAAUGUAUGUCAACCUAGAAGCAUAGUGUCCCAUUUAGUGACCAGGAAUAUUCAUAACUUGAUCAUCAGAAGGGUUCCUAGAUCUACAACUGCAUGAACUCAGGAAAAGUCUUUAACUCUAGGGCUGUAGAGGGAGAAUGUAUAUCUGCCACUAAAAGCUAUGUGCAUAAAUUGACCAUUUUCUGAUGCUAGGGGUAGCCAGUUAACCCCUUUGUAAUGAAGGCAAUAAAAUCUCUUACAUAAAGACUAA